GAAGUGAACGCACUCUGCUUGGUGGGAGGGAGGAAGGGGGAGUUUACGGGAGGCACCUGAACGCAGCGCAGCAUUAGCAGCGACUCGAGCGGCUGAACCAGACACGAUGCAGACUAUAAAGUGUGUGGUGGUGGGCGAUGGCGCGGUGGGGAAAACUUGCUUGCUCAUCUCCUACACCACCAACAAGUUUCCAUCCGAAUACGUCCCCACUGUUUUUGAUAACUAUGCAGUGACAGUGAUGAUCGGCGGGGAGCCGUACACUCUGGGACUGUUUGACACUGCAGGUCAGGAGGACUACGACAGGCUGCGACCCCUCAGCUACCCUCAGACCGACGUCUUCCUCGUCUGUUUCUCUGUCGUAUCGCCCUCCUCUUUUGAGAACGUCAGAGAGAAGUGGGUGCCAGAGAUUUCACACCACUGCCCGCGGACGCCCUUCCUGCUGGUCGGGACUCAGGUGGAUCUGAGAGACGACAGCAACACUCUGGAGAAACUGGCUAAGAACAAACAGCGAGCCCUGACCUGUGAGAGCGGAGAGAAACUGGCUCGUGAGCUCAAGGCUGUCAAAUACGUGGAGUGUUCUGCUCUUACACAGAGGGGACUGAAGAACGUGUUCGACGAGGCCAUCCUGGCAGCUCUGGAGCCCCCAGACAACAAACCCAAGAAGCGCUGCGUCCUGCUAUAGACGCCAAAAGAGGAAGACGAGGUGGAGGUGGACGGGGUGGGGGAAAGAGAUGAACCCAGACGGGAAGAGAGGGCGGGAGUACCCGGGGAGGGGGGGGGGGGAAGGGGGAGGGUGUUGAAGGUGGACGAGGUAGACACAUGUUUAAACAGUGCCUUCAGCCGUAGUGACUUAACGUGGGUGUGGUGUUGGAACAGACGGGCUCUCGGCAGGCUUUAUUUUCAUCAUAGAUGUGUGUCGAUAUAAUAUGACUAACACAUGUGAACAACACUCCUGACUAACCAGGAAACGGGGGUUUUAACAAUAGGAGGAGGCAGGUUGAGCAACAGAGAGGGUUUGAACCUCAGACGCCUUAAAGAUACAAACAGUGGAUGGAGUCACGGUUACAGCUCAAACUGGCAACCACCAUCUUAGACGAUCACAUUUCUCAAAAGAUUUCUGCUCCAGCGGUGAAGUUUAAGAACUGUAGAUCAUGCUUCGGGGUUUUAUUUCUUGAAAUUUAUUGUGAAACUGAUCUGCUGUAGAUGUGACAAACACAAGCUUUCAAGAAGAAACGGGCAUUAGAGUGUCGAGAUGUAUUCAAAACUGUUUCCGUCAGCCUUUAUCACGCUUCUUUUUCUCUUCUGGCUUUUCCAUUAAGGUUUUGACUUAAUGGAAACAGCCUGGAAAUGUGUGGAGAAAUAAACUGGCUCUUUCCAGUUUCUGGAUGAGUUUGAAAAGGACAAAACGAGUUUUCGUCUGGAAAGACAUUGAAGUACGUUGUUGCACAUCCGCAGCAUUUGUACGACCACAAACCUUUGUGGAUGUAGAUCUCUGUCAGGAGCAGUUUGAGGAGCAGGAUGAGCAACUUCACUCAAGAUCUUAAUUAAUUAAUCUUAAUUAAAAACUGUUGAAACUGAGCUGACCGUUGCAUUGUCACACUGAACAGGAACCUUCCUCAACUAAAAUAAAGCUGUUUUUAAUAAAGAGACAGACAGCCAAAUUCCCUGCAGCUCAGUGGACCAUCAGAGGUUCAACAGUCCCGUUUACUCAUUGAUUUUAAGAGUUUUGUUGCUAAAAAUAAAAACAUAUCAGUAGAAAGAGACUUAGAUAACUCAAUAGAACUGGCAAAUUAGAUUAUCAAUAGAGCUUUACUGACUUCUGCUUCGCAGUCAAAAAGACAAAGUACAUACUUAUGCACACUUAUGCACACAUGUACAUGCAGUAGUUAAUAAUGCCAACGUGCAUAUUUGCAAUAAUCUAACAACAAGAGUGAUGAUUGAAGUUGCAAACUCCACAUCGUUGCUAUCAUGUGACAAUGAUGCUUUAGAAAAAUGUAAUUUAUUCAAAAAUAAUCUUUUAUUUGGAACAUAAACAGGUUGACAAGCAGUCAAACUGUUUCCUCAAACCGUCUGGCAACAUAAAAAACAUGAAACAAUCACCAAACUUGGACACAAUGAUACGGUUUAUUUGUCCUUUCUCUGCCUCUUCUCUCUCCUGACCUCUUUACUGUGGAUACAUCACAUCCUGAACCAACACACUCCAACUCCAAAUCUGCCUGCAACUGAAAACUCACCGCGUACCACCUGAUAUAAAGUAUUAACGGUUGUUGCAUAUAGAGUUUUAACAUCAACGAAUCCAUCCUACAUUCAUUUUCAGACAAUAUCCUGUCAGUAUCAAACUAAUGGAUGGUCACAGACUGACAGCCUCAGUGCACAGCACUCUGCUGUAACACGUUAUGGCACAAAACUAGAGCUAAGGCUGUCAGAUCUUCUGCUGCUGAAGAUGAGCGAAAGCCCUGAAUUAAUGAGUUCUCCCAAAGAAAAAUAAGGUUUUUUGUGCGAUUAAAGCCAAGAAUGUUGAAGUUAACAGGACACUGAUAGAGGACCCUGCUCCUAUUAAGACACCAUCACCAUUAAGACACCAUUGGGACACAGAAACCCCACAAACGCCUUCAUUUUACUGCAGCAGCAAUACUAGACUUCACCUCAUUUACUCGUGUGUGUGUGUGCGUGCACGCAUUGAAAUUUCCAGCUGCCACAGUAGCAAAUGCCUGAAACUAUUUCCUUUCCUACAAGAACAUUGCUGCCUUAUUGCUUAAAGCCAGUCAAAUCCUAAAAAGAAGACGAUUGAUCGCAUUAUCUGAGCACAUUAAAGCAUACUGAAUGUGAAGUGUUUUACGGGCUCUAACUUUUCCUGGCUUAGAGGACACGUGGAUACAGAGCAAACAUUUCACACACAGCCUCCACACAUUGUCCGCUCCUGCUUCGCUCUCCUCCUGGCCUGACUGGAACCUCAAGUGCUCGCUGGCGUGUUAGCACCUCCUGGAGGCCUUAAAGGGGAAUUACCGCUCAGUUUAAAGGUUCAUCUGUGUUGUCGCUUUGGCCGGCAGCAGACUAAUUGGUGUUUGUGGGCAUCGGAAAAUCUCAGCCGAACCCCAGAAAUCAGCUCAUUUUCCACCUGAACCUGUAAUGUCUUCAGUUAUACCCGGAUACCCUUCCCGUAAAAACAUCUUGGAUUAAGAAAGUGUGUUUUCAAAUUCACACUGAAAUUGUAAAUAUUAUAAUAUAAUUAGAGCUUUGACUUAAUUUUUGCUAAAUUAUACGUAACAAAUAAUAACAGUUCACUAACUGGUGUUUCUGUUUAAGGUGGAAUAAUUGAUGAUAUGUUUGUGUAUGAUAGAUUAUUAACGCUCUCUAAUACUGAUCGUGCUGGGCCAAAGAGAUUAAACAACUUAACAACUUAAAUCCUUAAACUGAGGGUAUCUCCAUUAAAAUGAACUAAUUCCUCUUUUUUCCAGUGUUUUGGAGAUUAGUUUAUUCUGAUAAUGUAUGGAUGAUUACAAGUAUUAUAUAUAUUUCUUUGCUCCUUAUUGUUUCUUGGGGAACAUUAUUUUAGCAGGGGGUUUUAUUUUUCGACACAGUUUUUAUUUCUUAGAUAUUUUUAUUAUUACUUGACGGUUGAGUGCCAACGGUUUGAGAGAGAAUCAGCCUGCUCGGCCUGGUUUGACAAACUAAACAAUCCUCAUAAUAAGCUUCAAAUGGCAGAAUAAACAACGACAACAACAACAACAUAUUCACAGUUAAAGCAAUAAAUACAGCUCUGUAUAGAAAGAUGAAUGUUGGAACUGGUGGGUGUUAAUAAAAACAGUACUUGAA